AUGAGUGCUACAGUUCUAUUUUUUGUGACUGCUAGCUUGCUAGUUAAUUUUGUUUGCAGUGCUACAACUCAAACAUACACAUGGAAAAAUGUGAAAACUGGAGGAGGGGGGGGCUUUGUUCCCGGAAUUGUAUUCAACCCGUCAACGAAAGGCAUCGCCUAUGCUCGCACUGAUAUUGGCGGUGUCUACCGUCUCAACACUGAUGAAACAUGGACACCCCUACUAGAUUCAGUCAACAAUAGCAAUUGGCAUAACUGGGGAAUUGACGCUCUUGCCACUGAUCCUAUUGAUACAGAGCGUGUAUAUGUUGCAGUUGGUAUGUACACUAAUGAGUGGGAUCCUAAUCCAGGCUCAAUUUUACGCUCAAAUGACAAGGGUAACACCUGGGAGGAAACGGUGUUGCCCUUCAAAGUGGGCGGAAACAUGCCAGGGCGGGGAAUUGGGGAGCGUCUUGCAGUUGACCCCAAUGACAAUAGCGUUCUCUAUUUUGGAGCUAGAAGUGGCCAUGGUCUUUGGAAGAGUACCGAUUAUGGUGUGACCUGGUCAAAUGUUACUUCAUUCAUCUGGACUGGGACGUAUUUUCAAAAUGCCAGUUCGUCUUAUACGUCGGACCCUGUGGGGAUCGCUUGGAUCACCUUUGAUACAACAUCUGGGACCGCAGGAAAUCCAACCCCGAGAAUUUUUGUCGGCGUUGUUGAUACCGGAGAAUCCGUUUUCAGAUCUGAAGAUGGUGGUAAAACAUGGGCCUGGGUAUCUGGAGAACCAAUGUACGGGUUUUUACCUCAUAAGGGUGUUUUAUCACCAGCUGAAAAGGUUCUCUACAUCUCCUACUCCAAUGGGGCUGGCCCAUACGAUGGUACCAACGGUACCGUUCAUAGGUACAAUAUCUCGACGGGCGUCUGGACUAAUAUAAGCCCAACCUCGAUUGAUAGCACAUACUACGGCUAUGGUGGCCUGGCGGUGGAUCUGCAAGUUCCUGGUACCGUGAUGGUGGGAGCCUUGAACUGUUGGUGGCCGGACGAAAUUAUAUGGCGAAGCCUUGAUUCAGGCGCAACAUGGUCCCCAAUUUGGGCAUGGAAUAGUUAUCCUGAUAUCGAUUACUACUACGAUUAUGAGAUUUCCAAUGCCCCUUGGUUGCAAGACAACACAUCUACUGCGCAAUUUCCAGUCCGGGUUGGAUGGAUGGUUGAAGCGCUGGCCAUUGACCCUUUUGACUCGAAUCACUGGCUAUAUGGCACCGGUAUCACAAUCUAUGGUGGCCACGACCUUCUGAAGUGGGAUUCUGCUCACAACGUCACUCUGGAAUCUCUUGCAGUCGGGAUUGAAGAAAUGGAUGUGCUUGGCCUUAUCGCACCAGUAGGAGGACCACCCCUUCUCUCUGUAGUUGGAGAUGAUGGAGGUUUCUAUCAUUCUAGUCUCGAAACGGCUCCCUCCCAAAGCUUUCACAGCCCUACCUACGGGUCCACGAAUGGCAUUGACUACGCGGGGAAUAACCCAGCCAACAUCGUCCGGUCAGGAGCUAGUUCAACUCUGCCUACUGUUUCAUUUUCAACCAAUUUUGGCCUUACCUGGUCGGCUGACUACGCAGCCUCAUCUAGUACAGUACCGGGGGCUGUUGCUCUUUCUGCGGAUGGGGAUACUGUCCUUCUGAUGCCAACAUCCGGUAGCCCUCUUGUUUCCAAAUACACCAGUACCUUUAGUACAGCGACUGGAUUGCCCUCGGGUGCAAUUAUUGCGUCUGACAAAUCCAACAAUACCGUCUUCUAUGGCGGGUCAGCUGGUAGUUUUUAUCUCUCCACAAAUGGUGCUGUUUCGUUCGCCAACACAGUCAGUCUUGGCUCCAGUACCGCCGUUAAUGAGAUCCGCGCCCAUCCCUCCAUCGCUGGGGACGUUUGGGCCUCAACUGACACCGGCCUUUGGCAUUCCACCAACUACGGCACCAAUUUUACCCAGAUUGGUGGUGGUUGUUCAGCUGGCUGGAGCUUUGGCUUUGGCAAGGCUGGAGCUCCAGCAUCCUAUCCUGUCAUUUUCGGCUUCUUCGCCGUCGACAAUAUCACAGCCCUUUUUAAAACGGAGGAUAUGGGCGCCAACUGGCAAGAAAUUUCGGAUGCCACACACGGGUUUGGCGCAGCCUCGGCCAAUGUAGUAAACGGCGACAUGUCGAACUAUGGGCGAGUGUUCGUAGGAACCAACGGAAGGGGGAUUUGGUAUGGGGAGCCGUGA